UUCUAUGGUAUUCUUUUCUGCUCAUCAACUUUAUUAGUCUUGUUUAUAAAUUUUCUCCCACCAAAUUCCUUUGCCACUAAAAUUAUCAUUCAACGGAGAGAGUAUGUCUCACAUAAUUUAACCCUUCUUUGGGUUCUUCCUCACUUCAAUCAUCAAUGGCAUCACAGUUAAACUUAUUCCGUCACUCUAAACUCUCAUCCUCUUCAUUACUUCCCGCUUCUCCAAAUGUCUCAUCCGUUUACUCAAUUCCUAACUCUGUUUUCUGUCUCCUACAAAACCACUUUUCCCCCAUCAAAACUCAACAUAAUCUCCUCAGAGAUCGUCUUACAAUCAAACCCAUUUCUACUUCAUUUUCUAAUACUCUCUUGAAAUUUAAUUUUAGAGUAAGUGCUUCAAGUAAUCCAGUUCCCGCUUCGUCCAAGACCAAGAGUAGCACAAAAUCAAUUCUUUUUUGGUCAACGAUAACUGCUGUUUUAGCUGUUGCUAACAGAGUUUUUUACAAGCUUGCUCUUGUCCCUCUCCAAGAUUACCCCUUUUUCUUGGCUCAAUUCAUCACUUUUGGAUAUGUAGCUAUUUACUUUGCUAUAUUGUUCAUACGACACCGUAUAGGGAUAGUGACCAAUGAGAUGCUAGCUAUUCCAAAAUUGCGUUUUGUUAUUAUUGGUCUUCUUGAAGCGCUUGGUCUUGCUGCUGGCAUGGCAUCUGCAGCCAUGAUUCCUGGCCCAGUGAUCCCAAUAUUGCAUCAGACUUUUUUGGUGUGGCAACUGUUACUCUCAUUUAUCAUCCUGGGUAGGCGUUAUUCAUAUAAGCAAAUAGUCGCCUGCUUACUUGUAGCUGUUGGUGUCGUCAUUGCAGUUUCGAGUCAGUCUGGUGGUCACCCAGUCCUUUCUGGAAUUCCAUUUGUGUGGCCUGCUUUGAUGAUUGCUUCAGGUGCUUUCCAUGCUGCAGCGUCUAUUGUGAAGGAAUUUGUCUUUGUUGAUGCAGCGGCUUGUCUCAAGGAUAAGUCUCUUGAUAUAUUUGUAGUCAACUCCUUUGGGUCUGGCUGUCAGGCUCUUUUUGUUCUUGGUCUGCUCCCGUUGUUAUCAAACAUGAAAGGUAUACCAUUUGAUCAACUGCCUCAGUAUUUAAAGAGUGGAGCAGGAUGCUUUUUGAACAUUGCAGCUGAUAACACAGGUUGUGAUGGAGCUCCGCUGCUGCCGCUUCUAUAUGUGGCCAGCAACAUAGCAUUCAACAUAUCAGUCCUCAAUUUACUGAAAAUGUCAAGUGCCGUUGUAUCUUCACUCGUUACUAUGGUGUCAGUGCCAAUUUCUAUUUAUAUUCUUUCCCUUCCACUGCCAUACCUACCUGAAAGCUCAAGCUUGGGGUUUUACUUCAUACUUGGAAGCGUGAUUCUGAUGUCAGGACUUGUGCUUUACAACUUACCUCAGUUUUCUUCCAAGGUUGUCGAUAGUACAGGAGAAUCUUAGUCUUAUGAAAGACUGCAGAGUUGUAAAGAUCUUCGUCCAAGGUUCGUAUAUUACCAACAUUCUUUACUACCACACACACAAUGGAUAUUUAGUAUGCUGUGGAAUGAGUCGACUCAUGAUGGAAGACUGUAUUAGAAAACUUUUUGGGGCAUCACCUGAACGCAAAGCUGGAUUUUACUUGCCCAGCUCCUGCAAGUGACCUUACUAAAUUUGUUUUAGAAAAUGUUUGGAUUAGGUACUAGAGGACCAAGGAAGCAUGGAAAGAAACUUCUUUGCACUCAAUAAUCAACUGUACUACAUUACUUUUGCGAGUACAAUUGUAUAUUCUUUAAUAUAUAUAUAUAUAUAU